GGGUGUGUUGAUGAUUGGCGGGCCUGCGGGUCAGGAACGUGUGCCUGGUUCACAGCAGGGGAGAUCUACAGUGGAGGUUAUGCCCGGACGCAAACUGUCUGGAGAACGUAAACCGUCUGGCGAACGUAAACCGUCUGGUGAAACGACUGCCGCGGGUCGGCGAGAUGAUGUCCCCGUGAUUGACCACAAGGACAAGUUCUGGAUGCUGGACUGGGUGGGGGAGACCGGACAACCAUUGAGUGGCCUUGUUCUAUACGUGGUCAUCAAAGAAAAUAUUGUGCCGGUUGGGGGCCUGGUGAGGUGGACUGGGCAAAAUAUGCCGUUUGCAACUUUCGAGUUGACGAUGGUCCUGAAUGGAAGAGGGGAAAAAAUACUAAACAUUAAACACGUCGCUCUUCGAUGGGCCAAACACGCGGAGUUUGGAAAGUCGCUGGUUGAUGUGUUCAACCUACCAGGGACAUUGGAAGUGAAGUUGCCUAACCUUGUUGACGUCCUCGAGUUUUUCGACAGUACUGUGAUCGCGGGCAGAGAGCCGAUUGUGCAUCCAGAAGACCACAUAUUAGAGCCUAAAUGCGUGCUUUCGAGAACCGUGGAGACAGUGCCUUCGAUCACGAUCCGCGAUACGCCGCCUGGUCCGAAAGCUGGGCAGAUAGGAGAGAAGGGUCCGUGCCGCGGACUGGUCAUACCGUCAGCCCCUAUGAAGACCAGGCCAACGACGACCAAAACACCAGCUGCCUUGGGCAGCCGAUCCCGCUAUGAUGUGGCCACCAAGGGACAUCUCCCCUUGGUGGGCCAGCAGCGCUAUGACUACACUGUGCCGAGCCGCGUAGAGGAAGCCCAUGAGUAUUUUGAAGAUGAGGAUGAAGAAAACAACGAGGAAUAUUUGGAGCAGGAACAAUAUGCUGUGGUUGUCGGCGGCAUGACAAGGCAUCCAGGAGAGACAAGUAAAGUGGUUAGACAGGAUGAAGACAGUGAACACACUGUGAGCGCAUCGGGUGGGGAGGUUGGUCUGGCAGGAGGAUAUGGGAGCAGCUACGAAGGAUAUGAGGGGGAUGUGCACGCGACAGUGGCUGUGGCUGGGCAUACAGAGGCUGCAGGGCUCGCUGAGCGAAAGAGGAAGCACAUGCGGGAGAGGAAAAGUCUUAUGGAUAAUAAACGGAGUAGGCGAGAAGCGGGGAGGAUUGUGAGAGCAAGGAGGGUGUUGCCCGAUGAUUUCGAUCUCGAAUCUGUGAACAAGUACUACUACUACCCUCUCAGCGGUCAGCAUAACGUGGCGGCGGCAAGAAGGUGUUUUGUUGAACGCCCUGACAUCACACAAGAGCUCCGAUUGGAUCGCUGGACUGCGAGGCCUGUUUAUUCUCUGGAUAAGAGCAUGGACAAUUACGGCACGCUGAGCACUCUCCAGAACUCCAAGGACAAAUGGAAUACCCCACCGCACCAAAACGUGGUCGUCCAGAACAUACGGAAGUUGUGGCAUGAGUCCAACUGUCCUGAAGCUAAAGGCGACUCAGCUGCAGAAGUGAAAAAUGCAGAGUAUAGAAAGUUUGCGGGAGAGGCUCUUCGUUUGAACGGGAUUCGUAGUUUGAUUAACAUGUCCCUUACUACUCAGUGGAGCGGCCAGUGGUUUGAUGCCCUCGGGCCCUACAUGUUGUUGGCAAGGGCGACAAAUGACGUUUUCGAAAAGGUGAAACAAGUGUACGCCGCUUGGGAAGCUGGACAAUUGCCGGGGAGAGAUGCUGUGAAGCCUGCUAACAAACAAGGUGAAUCAAGGAAGGCACCGAGGGCUGGACCCGGAUUUGAGUUGAAAGGUGGAGUUAGGUAUCCGGUUCACUGGGUUCAAGGACCUGGUUACCUCGUGGCUGUGCACGAUCAGGAUAUCAGAGCGUGGAAGUUUUUUUCAGUGCUUGGGAGGCGUGAGCGGCUGCAACCGUUGCGAGACAUUCUCACAGGCAGUGUGAUACUGACUCCUAAGCGAAGUGGAGCUGCUGAACGUGCCGGGAAACAUUCAACGGAAACAUAUGUGGAAAUUGUGAAGAUUGAAAGAGCAAUGUUGAGGAUGUUUCACUACUUCGUCUUCAUUUCUGACCCUCACAGGAAGUCAUUAGAGUGGACGGAACCAUUCUUCAACAAUCUUUCCGAUUUGUUUGAUAAGCACUCUGAUGAAGGAUUGACGUCCGAGAGGUGGAUCGACCAGCGUCGCCAUUUCAAAGAGAUGAGUUGGGUGCGAACGUUCCCGGCUACACUUGGAGGAGAGGAGGAAAAAGGAGAUGGGGGCUUCAAGAAAACAGCGUCACUUGCUGCGAAGUGCCCCGAAGAGUUCGUGCAGUUUUAUACAUUUUUCAAGCGAGUUACAAGUUGGGAGAUUGACAUUCACUUGUUUAUUCUAAAGUGGACUCGUCAGCUACAAACGAAGGGGAAACAUUUAUAUAAGGUUGCGAACUUGCCUUUGGAGGACACAGACAUAAUGGUUGUCAUCAUGUACUCCAACGAUGGGGAUUAUCACCGCAACACUAUUCCCUUGCUUGAAGACAUUCCAGCAAGCACUCCAGUUGCAGAUCGAUCAUCUGGCGAGCAGGCAGGUGACUUAUCAGCACUUGUGCGUAGAGAGAGAAGGCCAAAGAUGUUGGCUGAUGUCGUGGGGAAGAACUUCACGCCCACGAAGUUGAAAAUGGCAGGUAUGGAGCCAAGGGAGAAAUUGGUGUACGAAGGUAUGGAAAGGGAGCCAAAUGCGAUGGUGGAGACAUUGGAGCAUUUUUGUCCUGCGGAUGAGGCGGUUGUUUUCCUGGGAAAAGGCCAUGCGGCGUUGAUUUGGGAGUUGUUAAAGAGUCACCGUCAUUGCAUUGUUCUGGAAGGGGAGGGUAUGAAGUUCGAGUUUCUCGUUCUAUUCAUCACCAAGAUGGUUAAGAGUGAACUUUACCUCGCCAAAUUUGUUAAGCCGCCUCCUCGACAUGAUGAAAAGCGUGAUCUCGUCUACAAAGUCGACAAAAACAUUGUCAACAUUUGGGAGUUCCUUUUCGAAACUAAGCCAGAAAACAGAGGGAAACGUGCAUAUGUCGUCAGAAGGCGAAAAAUGGAAUCACUUCUGAGGGGGUAUCAUAAGGCACCGGUGGAGACAGAAGUUGCAUUUCUAGACCGUUUGGAGAUGAUGUACUUCGACGAACAAAUCGGGGCGUUUACAAUCGCAGCUUAUGCAACUUGUUUUGGGGAAGGCUUCGAUGUUGAGGAUUCAGAGGAAGAAAGUGAAGAUGGUACUUUGCAAGCGGCUUUGGCAGAUGAGAGGCAAAAAGCUUGUAGCUCGACUUCGCAGAAGAUGGGUGCGCCGGGCACAUCGACAGAAGAAAUCUUUGAGGAGUUCAAAACAUCUCGAUGGUUUGAGUAUCUGGAGGAGUUCUAUGAUCGAGAAACAAGUCCAGCUUUUGGAUAUAAUUGGCGUAUCGAAGAGGAACUUGAAGACAAAGUUGGGGAAAGGAAAGGAGCGAGCGGCGAUGAGAGUGGCAAGGGAUCAGGAUCAAGCGGCGGUGCGCUUGGCAAGGGAACAAGAUCAAGUGGUGGUGAACAUGGCAAGGGAUCGGAACCACGGGGUGGUGUCAGUGGCAAGGGUCAGGGACCGAGCGUCGGUGCAAGUGGAGAGCCAAUAAGUCAUGGUGAACUACAAAAACACGAAAUGUGUCAAGGGCGUCAAGCAAAAGAGGGAAAGGUAUCAGAACCAAGCGGCGGUGCACAUGACAAGGGAUCGGGUUCGACUCUGGGAUUAGGACCAAGCAGCGGUGCACAUUGCAGGGGAUCGGGUUCGCCUCUGGGAUUACGACCAAGCGGCAGUGCACAUGAAAGGGGAUCAAGUGGCCAGGAUUUGGGAGGAAGCGGCGGUGCAAGCGUCAAGGGCGUAAGUCAUGGAGAACUGCCGAAAUGUGUCGAGGACGUCCUUCCGGAUGACCAAGUUUGGGUGACCACUGUGUUGGCGAGCGAGAGUGUUACGGCGCAAGUGCAUAAUACUGGUGCACUUGCAGAAUUAGAGAUGCCAUUGGAUAUGCCAGUUGAGAAAGAUGAACAUGAAGUCUCUCUUGACAUGAAGAAUGAAAGCGCGACUGCAGGCGCAAACGAAACUGCCAAUGUACAGGCCAUCGAAGAGGAUGAAGGACAUAUAGUACUAAGUACACGGGAGCAACACACGCUUGUACAGCCUGAACUUAUGGUUGCAAAAUCAGAAGCACAACAGUCUGCUAACCUCGUGAUAUCUAUCGACGAAUCUCCUUUUACACCAUCGCAUGGUGCGAUAGAAGAUCGUGUUGAAGACAUAGUGUUAGUGAGCCACCGAGUGCAUGACCCUUCGUUCUACAUUCCUUUAGCAACAAAACGCCUCACCGUAGAAGAAAAGGAGUAUCUUGACAUGAUUACAGGCAACAACGGAGACAAUGAAGCAUACGGCAUUGUCGAUUACAAGGGGAGCUGGAAGGUGGGAAAGGAAGACAUCAUGGUCGUCGUCGAGGAUGGGAAAUGGCUAAAUGACGAAGUCGUCAAUUUGUACCUGCUAGCCGUCCAGAUCACCAAUGAUCACAUCAAGGUUGAUUCGGCAUCCAUUGCCAGGUUCAGUUAUUCGACGAAGCGGCGCAACAUGGCCGACACAGUGCUCAUCAUGAAAGAGGUUGUGGAUGGGAAGGAGAUAGUUGUGAGAGAGACACUCAUAGAGCGCGAUACAGAGAACAAUAGAGACUUCGAAUACUGGGAAGGGGUGGUCGCCACGCAAUCACGUGUGUACUAUGCGUUCGUCGAUGACACGCUCGCUUUGAGGGUCGUGGCGGGGCUGGGCUACGACGCUCGGUCUCGCCUUGAUGAGGUUGUGAUGCAUGCUAAGAAGCUUUCGAAUGUCAUUCCUGACGCUUGCGAACCCCCCAACGUCGACAUGCUCGGUCAAAUGCUGAGGCACAUUGUUUCAGUCAUUGCGGACAAGCAUGUGGACAGGUUAGCCAGCAAUGCAUGGUUCUUCUCCAAGCUCGACCCCCCACUGCAACACCGAAGUUUUUUCCAUGGAGACGUGCGCAGUGUGUGGCCUGAGGAUGGUUGCGGACAACACUGCGAAAGUGCCAACAUACCAUCAACCCGGUCCUCUCAUGCGUAGUCCGAAAGCUGUGGGCAACUCUUUUCUUCGGGUACCAUCAACUCGCUCCUCUUCACUUAUCCAUUAAUGAUGUGCAUGCAGGUUUCCUUACCUCCUCCACCCGUCAAUUCAUUUGUCCGUCGAUCCAUGCACUUGUCCAUUCAUGAUGUGCAUGCACGUUUCCUUCCCUCCAGCCAUACAAUCGAGCAAUCAAUCAAUCAAUCAACCAGCCAAGUUAUCAAGCAAUCAAUCAGUCAACCAAUC